AUGCAACCUGUGACUGUAGACGCCUUCCAAUAUAGAUGUUACCGGGUUGCGGUCUAUGAUAGUCUUCCGCGUAGCGCAGAACAUUAUUCGGCUGAUUACCGGUCGGGUGGUCGACCUUACGACCAGUUCACUGCCCCCGUCGGUAGAAGCCAUUCAGCAAUGUCGAUUGACGAACGACGCGUGAAACGGUUUUUCCGUGGGGAAAAACGAAAUGCGGAGAAGGCAGUAGAUGCUGCAAAGAAUGGAAUCAGGAGAACGGCAAAUGAUGUGAAAGACGCAUUUCGACCACCUUGGUAUAAACGGAUGUGGAGUGGGUUCUGUUUACCUUUGCCUCCUUCUAUCCUGCCGAAAAUCGAUCUAUCAUAG